UUGUUUCUGGGUGUAAAAUUGUUAGGUGUAUAAUGGUUCCCAAAACAUCGACUUCUCCACCUCCUACCGCUGCUUGGUUUGCUGUGUUCUUCCAGUGUCCUCCCUGUCUUCAAGGAUGGUAUAAUGGUGACGAGUUAAACUGAGGAAUGAAUGAGGCGGAUGGUGUAACUAGAGGGAUAUGGCAUUUGAGAAAAUGCUGCUGUGGGGAUGAUUCCACUAAUGUUAUUGCAUCCAGCUUUUUGAAGGAUUGGAUGUAUAGAUUGUGGGGAUAUGACUAACAAUUAUAUACUUCCGGAGUGGCGAGGAGAGAAGGAGGAGUGAAGCGAGGGCUGCCAGGAAGGGUAAGUUUUCCCACAUAAAAAGGGACUUACCUCAGGAGUUGGGCCUCCAUUUUGCCAGAGCGACGAGGAGAGAAGGAGGAGUGAAGCGAGGGCUCCCGGGAAGGGUACGUUUUCCCGCUUGAAAAGGGACUUACCUCGGGAGUUGGGCCUCCAUUUUGCCAGAACAGCGAGGAGAGAAGGAGGAGUGAAGCGAGGGCUCCCGGGAAGCCAAAGUUUUCCUGCAUAAAAACGGACUUACCUCGGGAGUCGGGCCUCCAUUUUGCUAGAGCAGCGAGGAGAGAAGGAGGAGUGAAGCGAGGGCUGCCAGGAAGACUUACAACACAUGAGUUCAUUGUGACCUGACAACAUGGGUGAACAAAGUACAAGAAAAUCUAUUCUCCCCUUUUCCAUACAUCCCUCCCACCUCACAUUGCUAGUGUUGACAGCUCUCCUGCUCCUGAUUCUGAAUUUGGAUGGCAUAAUGUACAAUAAAACUGCAAUUAUUGGAUCUGCAUCGUAUUGGAGAAGAUAUCCAGUUCCAAAAUUUAAUCACACCAUGAUGCAGAAAGUGGAAACAAAGAAUCCCCAUUGGACAGACAGGCUGAUACAAUGUGGCUACCAGAUUCACAGCUUCACCCCUGAAGAAAGGUCAGAGGGAAUGUACCUUAUGAAAAUGAUCAAAUGGCCUAAAUCCCCCAACUCUGCUGUGCCUUUUCAGAAAAGCAGCAACCCAGCACAUUGUCACUUUGUAAUUUUAAAUUCUGCAAAGACUUUCUAUGUGGGAGAUCAGUUACAAGUGAUGCUGCAGAUGAGUGAUUUUGAUGGUCACCCAAAGCGAUAUGGGGGUGACUAUCUCCAAGCUCGGAUCCACACCCCAGCUUUAAAAGCUGGUUCAGCAGGAACUGUUAUAGACAAUGAAAAUGGAACUUACUAUAUCAAUUUUAACUUAUCUUGGCCGGGGAAAGUUGAAGUUUCUGUUUUAUUAGUUCAUCCCAGUGAAGGGAUCCAAACACUUAAAAGACUACGUGAGGAACAGCCAGAGAGAGUGUAUUUAAAAAGUACCUUCAAAUAUCAGGGUGUUUCAGAGACCACUGUGUGUAAUCUAUAUUUGCCUCAGACUGAGCCACUCUGUAACUUUACUGAUCCCAGGACUGGGGAGCCCUGGUUCUGUUACAAACCAAAGAAGCUUCCCUGCUCUGCUCGUAUCAACCAUCUAAAAGGAGGUUUUGUGAAAAAUCUCUUAAUUGGAGAAGAGAACCAUUUUUUCCAAAGUAGUGUCAACAUCAAGAAGCCCAUAUUGCCCAGAUCACCAAUGUACAUAAUGGUCCAGCCUUCUCCCCAUACAACUCCUGCACUUCGAGACUGUGUCCGGGGACAGCCGAUGGUGUCACCGUCUGGCUUUUACUAUCAGGAUAAGUGGAUGCCAACAACCUGCAAUAUUUGCCGCUUUGAGACUCCUGCAAAAAUUGAGGAAUGCCUCCAUAGAAAAAUUGUCUAUCUGUUUGGAGAUUCCACCAUGCGACAGUGGUUUGAAUAUUUGACUCAGUUUGUGCCAGACAUCAAGAUAUUGGACCUUGGCAAUCCUAUCAAGGUGGGUCCUCAUCUUGCUGUGAACUUGGAGAACAACAUCGUGUUAGAAUAUCACCCUCAUGGUCCUCCGAUCCAAUUCAGUACCAUUGCAAGUCAGCAUCUACAACUCAUUUCAAAUAAACUGGACGAGAUUACAGGAGGGGAAAACACAGUUAUAGCCAUUACCCUAACGGCCCAUUUCACCCCUUUUCCUGUUGAAGUCUAUAUUCGAAGAAUACAGAAUAUCAGGAGAUCACUUCUCCAGUUACUCGACAGGAGCCCGGAUACACUGGUUGUAAUAAAGACGGCCAAUGUCCGGGAACAGCCCCCACAGAUCGUUCCCUAUUACAGUGACUGGUACGCUUAUCAGAUUGAUUCAGUGAUGAGAAAGAUGUUCACAGGCAUCAACGUGGUAUUUGUAGAUGCCUGGGAGAUGACCAUAGCACAUUACCUUCCUCACAAUAUACAUCCUGGGAGAAUUAUUAUAAAGAAUGAAAUAGAUGUGUUUCUUUCAUAUGUAUGCCCUUCUAUACAAAGAUAAACACUGUCUUCUUCCACUUGUGGCAGUCCCUUGAAAUUAGGAGGACACUUGCCCAUGGCAAAGAUUUGUGUAUGGACUUUUAAAAUGGGAAGGCUGUUGAAAUCCUAUAUUAGAUGUCUUCCAACCAGGUAUGGAUUAUCAUA